UUUAUUUUGAAAAACCACACAGUGCGGAAGUCAGCAGCUCCAGAAACACGUUGAGCUAAGUUGUCAAUCAAACUGGCACAAAACCGCCCGACACGUCAAAAACCAGGCUGUUUAUUAUUAUAAAUGUAAUAUUUCAUCAGUAUGAAGGGAGCCGCUGUGGCUCGUUGUUGUGUGUGACUUUGCACCGCAGGAGGAAAUGCUGGUUUCUAAUCUACCAGAUCUCAGUCAGGAAGGAAGCUCUUGCUCUGCAAACCUGCAGACUAAAGCGAGCUAAACCCAUUUUAUAUAUCUCACUGCUUCUUCAUCAGCUCCUGUUCACUGCGUGUUGUGGAAAUGAGAAGGACAUUAUUCCUGCUGCUCGCCUGCAUCUCAUGCUGCUGGCUGGUCAGAGCCACUCUGUCAAGAACUGAUGCAAAGAAGUCACAUAAAGCUGAAGCUGAGACAUCUCCAGCUGACUUGUCUGUGUUGGAGAGAGGCCUGGUUGUGUCAGACCCGCCCUGGAAAGACAUAGUAAAGGAGGAGAAGAGACACUGGGCUCAGAUCAAGAAGACAUUUCAAGGACCGGUGCUUGGAUAUGUCACACCUUGGAAUUCCCACGGCUAUGACGUUGCCAAGAUAUUUGGUGCUAAACUAACUUCGGUGUGUCCAGUUUGGCUUCAGCUGCGCCGACGGGGACCAGAAACCUUUGACGUUACAGGACUCCACGAUCAUGACCCAGGCUGGGUCAAAGCUGUACGCAAGUCGAACAAAAAAAUCAGGAUGGUGCCUCGGCUGUUAUUUGAUGGCUGGUCUUACCAGGACUACAUGAGCGUGCUGGGGAGUGAAGAUGAAAUUGAAGAGCUGGGAAGCGAGCUGGUGGAUGUCGCGAAGACUGAAGGUUUCGAUGGUUUCACGUUGGAGCUGUGGAGCCAGCUGGGAGGUAACAAAAGGAAGGAGCUGGUCCAUAUGGUGAAACACCUAUGCGAGACCUUGAAGGCUAAAAGAUUAGACUGCAUUCUUGUCAUCCCACCUGCUGUGACAAGUGUGGGGCAGCCAGGUAUGUUUGGCAGGGAGGAGUUUGAGCAGCUGGCCCCAGUAGUCGAUGGAUUCAGCCUCAUGACAUACGACUACUCCAGUGGUGCCAGACCAGGCCCGAGCUCCCCGCUGCCCUGGGUGAGAGACUGCAUUCUCCAGCUUGCUCCCAACACUCAGUGGAGGCAAAAGAUCCUGCUUGGGCUCAAUAUGUAUGGCCUUGAUUUUGCAAACCAGGGAACAGAGCCAAUCCUGGGAGGAAGGUACAUUGAGAUUUUGCGAGAACACAGGCCAAAACUUCUCUGGGACGAAUAUUCAGCAGAGCAUUAUUUCACUUACAGGAGGAGCAAUGCAGUGAAGCAGGUGGUGUACUAUCCGUCAUUGAAGUCAAUCUACCUGAGGAUCUCUUUAGCUACUGAACUGGGAACAGGGAUUUCCUUAUGGGAAUUAGGACAAGGACUGGACUAUUUCUAUGACCUCCUAUGAGUCAUAGUGAAGACUGUGGACUUUGGACCAUCAGCACAUGGAGUUUUUUUCUUUUUCUUUGAACAUGGAGCACCAAAAAAUGUGCUGUUGCAGGUGUCAUUUUUCUGUUUUUAAGGUACAUGAACUCUGAAAAAAGCCGUUGACAGGAUUUUGUUAAUAUUCAACUUGUUUUACGGGUCAUGAAUGUGUUGCGAAAUCUGGGUUUUGUUGAUUCAAACGAUACUAGCAGCAGACACAAGGUACUUCAGGAUGUUUUAUUCCUUUUCAUUGAUGGUACUGUGGAAAAAUUUAAAUUUGUACAGUUUAGUAAAGAGUGCAACACCAGAGGGUGCAUGAUCAUCAAUAUGUAUAACGUUUAAAUGAAGGGUUAUAUUCUUCUUGUUCACGUGCCACAGACUUCUGCAGCCUUUCUUCAGUCCAAAUCCACAACUCUUCUGCUGUUUUGCUCUCCAUUGCCAUCCUUCUCUGGCUUUGAACACCAACAAGACAUUUGAUUGUGUGGCUUUUAUUAGGUUUAUAAUAACAGCAUUGAAAAGUAAUGAAGUUGUAUUUACAGUGUUGCCAAACAUCUGUUCUGAUCCAGCCAUCUUCCAAUAUUUGUCUGAGAUGAAUGUUUGUUUAAUUACAUGAAUAUAAAUGUGGAACAACUACGCAGUUGA